UUCCGGGUUCCUGUUCCCAGCCGCAUGGAGAGUGUUACGGCAGCAGCCGGGCUGGGGCGCUGAGCAGAGCUCCCGCAGGUCCUCUUAAGUGCCAGAUGGGACGGGGUUGUCACCCAAUCCUGGGGGCUAGACGUUGCUAUGUGUAGAAAGGUUGCGGGGCUCCUGAGUGGGAAAUAACUGAUGUUGUGAACUCUAUGCAGUGUGCUACUGUCCUUACUUGUUAAACAGUCCCUUUAGCUAUACACAGGCAGUCCUGGGGGGGAAAUUAGUAAAAAGGCCCUGCGAUUAUUUUAAAGGAUUUUCUCUAUAAACUAGAAGAACAGUUUGAAGCACCAGCAAGCAGGGGAUACACAAAUUAUUUAGCAAACCCUGUGCCCAGCCAGAGCUAUGAUGUUCAUUGAUGGCUUUCUCUUUCCAUGCUGAUGAGGACAAAGAAAUCUCUGAUCAAAAUGAAUGUCAUUAAAAGGCUUUCUGCUUCAUAUGUGAGGAAAAGCAAGAUGCAGCAGAGGUGCCAAAGUAACAGACGACCAAUUGCUCCACUUGGGUCACGGAUUUUAACUGAUCCUACUAAAGUUUUUGAACAUAACAUGUGGGACUACAUGCAAUGGUCACAAGAGGAAGAAGAAAGAGCUAGAGAAAAAGCAACAGAGAACUCUCUUGUGCGGGUUCAACCAGAAGAUCAAGACAAAUAUGAAAGAGAAGCUAGUAAAUACUGGAAUGAAUUUUACAAGACUUAUAAGAAUAACUUUUUCAAGGAUCGUAAUUGGCUAUUUCUGGAGUUUCCAGAAAUUCUUCCAAAAGGAAGGAAAGAUCAGAUGAAUAAAGAGGAAAAAUCUUCUUAUCCUGUAAAACUGAAUGCUACAAACAGUUGCACAAAUGUGGGCUUUCCUGGAAUGUUUGAAGAAGGCAAAGAUUAUUGCCAGAACAAUUUGAUGGAUGACUUAACUUCUGUGCAAGGACACUCAUACAACAAAAACCAAGCAGAACCUGUUACUGAGAACAAACAUGUUAAGAACUGUGAACAAGAAACUGUGAAGCAAGAAUCCUUCCCUGGCAGUAGUGCUACUUACAGAAUACUAGAGGUUGGUUGUGGUGCUGGAAAUAGUGCUUUUCCUAUUUUGAAAGUUAUAUGCAAUACCCCUGGAGCCUUUCUGUACUGCUGUGAUUUUGCAUCGGGAGCAGUGGAGCUAGUAAAGUCACACUUGUCCUACAAUUCAGCCUGGUGUUCUGCCUUUGUUCAUGAUGUGUGUGAUGAUUCCUUACCCUACCCUUUUCCAGAUGAGAUCCAGGAUGUCAUUCUGCUUGUCUUUGUGCUCUCUGCCAUUCAUCCUGACAGAUUAACUCCAUACUACUGUUACUAGGGAGAGCACAACAAAAUGCAAAGAAGUAAUCUCCAAGAAAAUACCUGAUAAAGUAAUGGCGUUACUAUUUACAUUAAGCUAUGGCCUCCCAUUGUUUCAUGUUUGUUCUCUUUCUCCUUGAUUGGCCUUGCUAUCAAUUAGCAAAAAAGUCCGUUUGUGUAAGCCAAAAUCUUACUAGAUGGUAAUAUUGCUAAAUAUUAACUGAGUGUUAUUUUCAAUAAGUUUUCCUUGUGUCUAUGAGCAUGAAAUGGAAUGGAUUAUCUGCAGUAUUGUUUUUGUAGGAUCAUGUUGCACAUGCUGUUCUUGGUGAUUUCUGACACAUCAUGCCCCUUUUAGCAUUCUUGUUUCAAGUUGCUGCAACUUUUUGAUUCAUGUUAGUCAGCACUUUGAGAUCCUCAGAUGAAAGGUGCUAUAAAAAUGAAAAGUAUUCUUUGUAUUCCUAGAGAAAGUGAAUAAAUAUGAAGUUAAACAAAAAUGUCCACGUGUCAAUACAUGAACGGUAACAACUUUGGGCUUCUUGCAUUUUAACCCAAGCCUAACGGGUGCGAUCAGCAGUGAGUUUUCAGACCUUUCCAGGAGAGCUCAAGUGAUGUUAACAUCUGAAGAAUUAACCAUCGUAUUAGACAGAAAAUUUUAGU